CUCUUAAGAUUUUAAAUUCACACCAAUUUUACACUCUUAUAAGCUCCUCAGACAUCAUCGUCAUAUCCGAAAUCCCUUCCUACCACCCCCAAACCACCAUGCGAGAUGUCCCAACCUCCCUACUACAGGCCCCCGCCCCCUCAAGCCCCGCCGCUGUCGAAGUCCAACUUGCCGAUGCUGUACUACAGCCUAGUCGUGGUGGGGACAGCCGCCGUCGUGCUGGCCUUGUACAACCUCAUCAUCAUCAAGUGGUGCAACAGCCGCUACCGGUCCAGUCGGAGGUCUGAGCAGUUCGUCGAGGUCGAGGCGGCGAGCCGGAGCUUCGAGUACCCUAAUCGGAACCUCUUGUCGAGCUUCAAGUACAAGAAGGAUGCGGCGGCGGCGGCUCAAGAACCGGGGAGCGGGUAUGAGUGCGCGGUCUGCUUGUCGAUUUUCGAGGAGGGCGAGGAGGUGAGGCAAUUGCCACGGUGCAAGCAUUCCUUCCACGUGUCGUGCAUUGACAUGUGGUUGUAUUCCCACUCCGAGUGCCCGCUCUGCCGCUCGCCCGUGCACCCGCCGUCACUGCCGUCUCGGUUGCAGCCGCCGCCACUGCCGUUGGAGAGCGCGGCGGAGAAUUCCCGGGAGGGGCUGUUGGAAUCGGGCGUGUCUGUUUGAGGUCCUUGUAUUUUUGUAGGUUUUUUUUUUUUUUAAGGCAUAGGUGAAAAUGAUAUUUUUGUUCUUUUUUUCACUCGAUGAAUGAUAGCUUGUUGUU